AUGGAGGCCGUAGCGACAGCGACUGCGACGGCGGCGACGGAACCCGGUGAAGGCUGCACAGAGCCCAGUCCUGGGCACUGGGGGGAGCUGAGCUGGACGCCGGUCCCAUCCAGACCGCAGGACAAGGCAGAAGCAGCAGAAGGAGCGCCAAGGGCCCUAGACACUGACCCCUCAGAGGUCGAGGACAUGGCGGUGAGUGCUAUGCUGCACGCCGUGGCUGCCAGCCGCCUGCCCGUGUGCAGCCAGCAGCAGGGCGAGCCCGACCUGACCGAGCAGGAGAAGGUGGCCAUCCUGGGCCAGCUGUACCAUGAGAAGCCACUGGUGUUCCUGGAGCGCUUCCGCACGGGCCUCCGGGAGGAGCACCUGGCCUGCUUUGGCCACUUGCGUGGUGACCACCGCGCGGACUUCUACUGCGCCGAAGUGGCCCGGCAAGGCAGCACCCGACCCCGCACCUUGCGCACCCGCCUGCGUAACCGCCGCUACGCUGCCCUGCGUGAGCUCAUCCAAGGUGGCGAGUACUUCAGCGACGAGCAGAUGCGCUUUCGGGCCCCACUGCUGUAUGAGCAGUACAUCGGGCAGUACCUGACCCUAGAGGAGCUCAGCACCCGCACCCCGGCCCAGCGGCCGCCCAAGCCCGGCCCCCCCGGCACUCCCGCCUGCCCGCUCUCUGACCUGCUGCUCCAGUCCUACCAGGAGCGGGAGCUGCAGCAGCGGCUGCUCCAGCAGCAGGAGGAGGAGGAGGCCUGCUUGGAGGAGGAGGAGGAGGAGGAGGAGGACAGCGACGAGGAAGACCAGAGGCCUGGCAAAGGCAUGGAGGCCUGGGUCCCCGACUCGGAAGAGAGGCUGAUCCUGCGGGAAGAGUUCACCAGCCGGAUGCACCAACACUUCCUGGACGGCAAGGAUGGGGACUUUGACUACAGCACCGUGGACGACAACCCUGACUUCGACAACCUGGACAUAGUGGCCCGGGAUGAAGAGGAGAGGUACUUCGACGAGGAGGAGCCCGAGGACGCACCCAGCCCAGAGCUGGACGGGGACUGA